CCUGGACGGGUCGCGUUAAAUCCUGCAAAACGCUCGCCCCUUCUUGGACCUCUGUUGAACCUGUUUUUUGAACCAUUGAGAUCUCCUGGCUAUGACCGAAAAUUGAUGGUCAUUGCAUACGAGUGCCAGAUGCUGCGUAUGUCGCCAAUCCUACGACGCUGAUUAUGUUCAAAGGCAUAUUAAUAAAAUCAUGGCCUUGCCAUGAACAAGAAGUCUUCUGGAAAGCCUGCGUUUCAAAACGGACUGGCGAGCAAUAACCUACGUUGGAAGAUGCAACGUGGGCUGACAUGUCAGCCUCCCCAGACAAGCUUCCUGGCAGCCUCAUGAGCCUCUGCUGACAUCCUCGUCGACAUUCAAGCUUGCAGCAUCCCUUCUGGUCUGUACUACUCUGUCUCGGAAGCGAUGGCGACACCUGAUCCAACGGCGCCACCGGGCGAUGUGCGACAUCUCGGAAUCUUGAGCUCGUUCUCUUCUUUGGACAUCAAGAAGAUUCUUGCAGGCCACGAUGAUGAAAGCUUACUCUCUAUCGCUCCAAUCUUUCUUUCCACCUCGGAAGACUCACUAUCCUUUGAUAAUGUCCCUCGUUUCCCAGCUCGUUCUAAGCCCCCAUUGUAUACGAAUGCCUUCGAUGCCCCGGUUCUCAAGUCAACGACACUUUCCCCAUUUGCACGUGCCAUGAUUACUGUUCCGACGAUCCGUCGGUUGCGAGUGAUGUUGCUCGAGCCGAUUUGCGUUCGCGAAUGGGCGAAAGGCGUCUCGGAGUGCCAUCGCCUCGAGACUGACCACAUUCCUUGGCAAGAUCGUGAUAUAGAAGAGGCGAUAUCUUUUGACUUCCCGACACCGCCUUGGUUGCCUGAAGGUGCUCUGUUCCCGCCUGAACUCUUUAAGACGAUCAUGAACAGUCGGCAUCCCGAGCGCGAACCAAGACCGAUAUCCCCCAUUGACACAUUCCAAUCGCCUCUAUCGCCGCCGCUUACUGUCAGUACGAACGAAGAGCCUUCCAUCGACAUCGAUGACGAAACAGCGGAGAUCGGCAACCCUGCCAUCCAAAUCUCGAACAGUGAGGACGGUCAAAUGAUUGAUGGUGCAACAAGGCCUCCAGUGCCCACAAUCAUGGUUUCUAGCUCUACGGCGAUCUUGCCACUUUCCCUGGAGUCUUUCCAAAGUCUUACUCGUGUCCCUCUUGCUGUUCGCAGAGGCCAUAAUUUACCUGCUCCUUUGGACUUGGAUCAGACAAACAUCCUUCCUGCGCAAGCCGAGCCGUAUCCUGAUGUGCCUUCUUCCUUCUUAGGCUCUCCCUCGUCCUCCAGCCCGAGCUUUGACAUCCCUGCUGGCAACCCUUCGACCUAUUCCAUGGGCUUAGAGGCGAUGUGUAAUGACCUACGCGCACGCUGCCCAGACUCUCCAAGCUCGGCCCCGGAGACGCCGGAUCAGGGCCGCUGGGGCACUGUACCAUAUUCUCAGUACUCUGUGUUUGACCCGGAGGACGACUGGGCAUUUGCCCACGAUCUACUGGACAAGUACGGUGAUAAAGUACUCUCGUCUUUGGUUGACCUUGCGUGUCCAUCGCCUCUACGUGACCACGCAGAGGGAUCCACGGAGCCACUCAGCGCCGACGAUGACACAUUAUCAUGGUCUAUGUCACCGACAUUGAUCAAUUCUGUCGAGCAACGUGCUGCUACCCCUCCUCUCCACGACAUAAAGCAGCAGAGACGGAAGACCGUCAUUAUCGAGACUCCGUCGCAAGAAGAGAGCAUCCUCGUAGCCCACAAUACGGAGGAGCCUUCCCAGGAUUUCGACGAGCACGAGCCAAUUCCCUUCGAAAGUCCUCUAGAAAGCACGUUCUCGUGCACUCAAUGCCGACAAUCGACCCCAGUACAAUCCCGUCCGUCAAGCACAGCCAGUAUGCGCCCAACGAAAGGGAUCCUGAAGGAGAAGAAGAGUGUCCGUUUCUCUGUCGUCCCAGACAGACAUGAGUAUCCGUCGGACGACCACGUGGACGACUCGCCGCGGCGCUCGCUCACUGAACCUGUGACUCGUUCUACUUUGACGGCUCAUCGGCGAUCCCCUCUACGGAAUGUGUUUUCUUCACCGUCGAACAUCCGUUCUGAGGACUUGUCUACUCAGAGAACAUCCAGCCUGCCCAAGCAUCCUGCUGUGCGUGCUCUGGCCAAGAGUUCAGGGCGACCGGCCUCCCCUUCGACACCUUCGCCCACGCUGUUGAAGAAGCAGGAGCGCGUCCCUCUGCGGUCCCUGAACGCACGACAGAGUCUCCCAGCGAAGCGUAACUCGAAUGUUGUCCGCUCGGAGCAAGACGCUCGUCUCAGCUUGACGGAUGACCCCGCCAACGCUCGGCGACUAAAGACUGCGUCUGCACCGAUAUACAACCGGUCAGCGGGGAUUGAGAAUAUCGCGAACAGACGGGAUUCCACUGCGCAGAAGAGCCGCAUGCCGGUCCCUUUCCGUACCAUCUUGACGAAGUUAAGAGCUUAGGAGGAAGAGCGAUUACACUGUCAGAAGAGGUCAGAAGAGGUCUGUAGAUGUCACGAUGACACGUGUGCGUAUACUAAAUGCAUAUGCUAAAUGGCGGUUGCUCCAUGAACACGAUCACAAUAUCGGAUGCGAUCACGUCACAAAGCAUCGCUUCACCAAUCUGUUGACCGCCUUGCAGCCUGAAAUAAGUGAGCAACGGAACUCGCGAAGUGAUGGAUCCUUCACGAUGUCAUUAAUCCUUCGCAACGAUCACCGUUCUGUGGCCAUCUUCGUUGGAGUGCGUAUCCUGCCGCUGCUAACUGCUUGAUGUGAUGCAAUAUAUCAAAACUUGUAUAUAUAACAGUAUCC